UGACAUUGCAAAGCUCGGGAAUGGAUCGAGUGUGCGUAGUAUACAGUCGAUGUAGGCUAGCUACUGUACUGUACUGGGCCUGACGAUAGCACGCCGCACGGGACACGCCCGGGGCAUGCAUGGGACGGUCGCAGUCGGACGACCCACAGCUAGUCGCGUUCACGCGCACUCGCUCGCCCGACGGUUGCACCGCCAUCUGCCGCUGUCCAGCGCAGAUCGCGAGGGGCGGCGUGCGAUAUUUGCAGGGCCGCCGUGCUCCUCCUCACCGCCCGGCGAUUGGCUGUGACGACGCAUCGCUACAAGCUCGCACGAUCGCAGUGAACGACCCCGCGGAUGCCAACCGGCACCUCCUCGACUACGGAGCCGCGGCAUGCGCGACGGCGUCGCACGGCACUCGAAGGGACGAGUGAGGUGCUGGCGUCGACUGGACUUGGGCACGGCGGAGGUGGCUUGUUGGGUACACAGGCGCAGCGACGCCGGUCGGCUGUCCAUGGGGGACGGGAACGACACGGUGGCCAGCGACGUCCCGGAAGCGAACGCGAGCGAGCGGCGGGCGGGCCUCGCCGCCCACGCGCGAGUGCGAGUGGUUGGUACGGCGACCACGUGUCGUGAGCAGGAGCACUACUCACGACGACCUUGGAGGGAUGGCUGGUGCCAAGGCACGACUGGAUCGUCCCUGCUGACUCGUGCUUGCCAGAGACAGCAGGCGGCGAGCGGACAUAGCACAGACAUUGAGGCGACAGAGGCCGGAGACGAGCGCGAGAAAAGCGCACGGACGAUUGCGUGGUCACUGGAUGCACAUAAGAGGAUGGGCGGACAAGCGGGUGCGGUGGCCGGCAGAGCGAGGGGAGCGUGAAGAGGAGACGAUGGCGGAUUGCCGCUUCGUCCGGAGCGCCGGGGUGAUCGAGAUCAGACACGCGUCGGUGGCGGGGCGUCGCGCGGAGGACACCCACGAGCAUUCCUCCGUGACAGAGCCAGUGACUGGAAGUGACACGGACUCUGCUUGGGAGAAAGAACCCGCCCAGGCCUACGCCAGGCCGACAUCUCCCCAGCAUGGCUGCAGGCCCACAAAGGCCCCG